AAUCAGAAAGAAUUCCUCCAACCAAGUUGUUACAAAUCAAGUUGAAACAAUAAUAAAGAAAGAUCAAAUCUAUUAUUUGUUAUUAAUAAAACCAAACAUAUGAGCGCUGUUGAAGAUCAACAAUUCGAACAUGAAGAAGAGGACAUUUCAGAUGUAAUGCUGUAUUUGAUAAAGGACGAUUUGCCCAGAGCAGUCGUUCACGACCUGUAUGACGAAAUAGAAAAAAUACAUGGAGUGAAGAACAUUGUCGAUUUCGGUGCCUUCAUUCAAAUCGAAUUUGCUAGUAAAACCGACGCGAAUGUUGCCCGAGCUGAUGGGUUUAAGUACAAACUAAAUGACCAAGAACAAAGACGGACUUUCGCAACUGCAUGUCGUGUCGCUAACUAUUCUCGUCAACUUUGCCCGCCUCACGUUGGUGUAGGAUUUUGAUUGUGAAUAAAUAAUUAAAUGAGUGGACAAGGACAAA